AUGGAAACAAAUGGCCCAACUAGUACAAAUCAAAUCAUGGUAGAAUCACCCAUCGAUAAACCACGAAUUCUAUUGAUGGGGUUACAGAGGAGUGGUAAAUCAAGUAUACAAAGAGUCGUCUUUGGAAAGAUGCCACCACAAGACACUUUGUUGCUUGAGAGCACCACCAAAAUUCAGAAAGAAGAUGUAACGCGAUCGUUUAUUGAUUUUCAGAUUUGGGAUUUUCCCGGCCAGGUCAAUUACUUUGAUGAUACAGCAUACGAUGCAAGAGAGAUAUUUGAUACCGUUGGAUCGCUGGUGUUUGUUAUUGAUGCCCAAGAUGAUUAUUCAAAUGCACUGCAUAGAUUGCAGUAUACUAUCGUCAAAGUGUGGCAAGUAAAUCCGGGAAUUACGUUUGAGAUCUUAAUACACAAAGUAGAUGGGUUAUCAGACGAAUACAGAGAUGAUGUAAAGAUUGAUAUUAUAAGAAAAAUGCAAGAAUUUCUAGUUGAUAUCGAUCAAGAGGAAAACAUUCAUCUGUUUUAUCACUUGACAAGCAUCUACGAUAACUCAAUCUAUGAGGCAUUUAGCAAAAUUAUACAGAAACUAAUACGAGAACUGCCAAUACUGGAGAAAUUGUUGGACAUUUUGAGAGCAAACUCAGGCGUGGAAAAAGCUUAUCUCUUUGACACACUGACAAAAAUUUACAUUGCAACUGACAGCACGCCUGUGGAAAUGGAUUCUUAUGAGCUUUGUUCUGAUAUGAUUGAUGUUGUUCUUGACAUUGAAUGUAUAUAUGGUCCUCAGAGCGGAUCCACGCCAUGUAUCACAGAGGAGCCUGCUGCGACGAAUCAUACAGGCACGCAAACGUAUGAUGAGUCUACAUUGCGUGAUUUGGAUGUUGGUGCCACUCAUCAAGCUGAGGUUAUGAGUACGACAGCAGCAGCAACUACAACGUCCACCUCGCUGGAGCCAGAUGCUUCAAGCAUCAUCAAGUUGAAUAAUGGUGAUGUGUUAUACAUGAAAGAAAUCAAUAGGCAGGCGUUGAAAACGAGCUAUUCAGAAAGAUGA